CUUCAAGGUUGAUUCUAAACACUAUAUAAUAUCAUUAAUUUUCAACCAACACUCCAAGCCUUCAUGGAUAUGGAAAUUUCAUCCCUUCAAUUCCCAAAUUUUGAUUUCUUGCUAGACGAAUUUCGAAUAUGGAAGUUUGAUGAUUCCGAGUUGAAUGAUCAUGAUCAUCAAAUACCAAGAAGUUCGUCAUCCUCAGAGACUAAUAAUUUCUCAAAAGGAUGUAAUGAAGAAGAGGCGACAUCAUAUUCCAUCAAGAGAAAAGACGCAGAUAAAAAAGAAGAAAAAGAUGAAGGAAAACAUUAUAUAGGAGUUAGAAAGAGGCCAUGGGGGAAAUAUGCGGCGGAAAUAAGGGAUUCAACAAGAAAGGGAAUUAGGGUAUGGCUAGGGACAUUUGAUACUGCUGAAGAAGCUGCUUUAGCUUAUGAUCAAGCUGCAUUUUCAAUGCGUGGUCCUUCAGCACUUCUCAAUUUUCCAAUGGAUAAAGUCCAACAAUCACUAGAAAAUAUUAAAAUUGUAAGCCAUGAUGGCUUGUCUCCGGCAGCUGCUUUAAAGGAAACACAUAAAAUGAGAAUGAAAAAUGGAAAGAGAGGGAGAAAUAGUAAGAAGAAGAAGAAGAAGACAGUUCUGGUUUUUGAAGACUUGGGUGCUGACUUGUUAGAAGAACUUCUAUUAAAUUCAACAACAUAAUUUCAUAAGUGAGGUUUGCCAAGAGAGAUUAUCUUCAAUAAACUGGAUAUGAUAUAAUGCUUCCAAUUUAGUAAAUUUGCUCCACUCCACACCAUUUGUUUGUGGUGUAGAACAUCAUGAGUUAUAUAUACACAGACUAUGUGUGUUUGGUACGAAAGAAAAAAAAAUCCAAAAAAAAAAAGAUUUUCUAAAAAAUAUUUUUUAAAAAAAUAAAUGAAUUCUUAUUUAUUUUCUAGUAUUUUUUAAGUAAGUAAAAAAAUAUUAUUUCAAAAAUAUUUAUAUGUUAUCUAACAAAAUAUUAUAUAGAAGAGGAAAGGGAUGGGAAUGAGUAUUCGCGAGUGGUGAUGGU